AUGGCGCACCGGGACCGUUCCCCCGUGCAUGUUCCGCUUCGAACCUCGAGCCGAAAUCUUCUACGACCCGGAGCAAUGGAGAGCCAGGAGGACGCGAGUUUUGUCGAGCGUAAAAGCUCUAAGGCGCAGCGCAUCCUAGGGACAGACUUGCUCUUGCCCAAUGCCCAAGGUGGGUGGGACGGGGCGCAACAGAAGCAGAAGCCCAAAUCUCGCCGGCAGAGCUUGCGAACGCCCGACAGCAGCUCGAGGUCGAGACAGCAACACACCAGCUUUGCGGCAUUUCCCAAAUCUGAGGAUACCAUCCAAGUUCCUCCACAAAACCUUCGCGUACGUGCUUCGUCGCCUCUGCUGGGCCAGGACUACCGGUCUCAAGAUCCGGCACCGCCGCUGCCCAAACCCUCGAAGAAAAUCCAUGCGUCCGGCUCCUCGUCCACACUCUUUUCUUACUUCAGCUCCAAGGAGAAAGAAACCAAGACUUCUAAAUCGACCCCUACGACUCCCAAGGGCCUUCAGCCGAGAGUGCGCAAUGAGUGGCAGGCAGAGCCUCAAGUGACUUUCCAACAACCCCCGCCUCGCAGUGCACCAAAAGAGUCAAAACGAAAACUCCGCCCCCCACGUAUCGACCUAUCCAUUCUUUUCCCGAAGCCUCGCCAUCCCACCCCUAAUCCUCAUCUCUUAUCGCCUCAGCGCGUGACCGAUUCCCCAUCCCCGGUCUCUACUGUGGCAUCGGAUUGGCCAUCGAACAAGAUUGAUCGAAUUGGAAGCAAUCCGGCUGCAAGGCGGUUCGGUGAACCCCUACCCCCUCGUACUUCAAUCAUUCAAAAUGAAGCACCCAAGCAACCGGCCGACCGCCCUGAGAGGGACCGUUCAGAUCUCUUGUCGAUUCCUGAAUCCAAGAAUGACGAAUGGUAUGAUCAUCCGCUUGAGCGCACGGUGGGAACCAGCGAGAUCGAUCUCGCGCUGGACAGAUACGCUGGCCGGCGGUCACUAUUUAGUCGCUCCAGCGUCUAUACGGCCAGCCGAGAGCAGCUCCGAACAGACCAACGAAAUGCCGAUACAGGCACGAACGCGAGAUGUGGCCACAGCCCUUCCAGCAACCGACGUAAGGAUUCGUACUUGGCCCCCUCACAACCGGAACCAGCUCGCCCUCGAAAGACCAGUUCUGCGGCAGAGAGUAAUUCGCGAAGCGUGAAGAGCUCUAUGACCAAGAAGAGCAGCAAGAGUACUCUGAAAAACAAGGACCUGCAGAAUUCUAGUGUUCUAUGCCUUUCUUCCUCAUCCGAGGAUGAGGCAGAGGAAGAUCAAGAGACGCCGACAGAGCUACGUCCCAACAACAAGAAGCCCUUCAGGGAUAGUGAUGCAACCUAUGGUGAAUUUGACGCCGAGAUCUAUACUGCAUCCACCGCCCAGGCUGCUACGGCCCAAAUGCUGAAGAGGGUCGACCGGGCACCGUCCACCAGCAGCCACGGGUCUCAUAAAAUCACUCAGAAACAGUCGAACCGGCCAGACCAACCGAGUCAGCCGAGCCAGAAGAAUCGUAGUAGACACGCAUCUACCUCGACUAGUGGCAACGCUACUGUGAAGAGUGCCCAAUCCCGGAGGUCGAGCGGUGCCCCUGCUCUUCCCCAGCAGGAUAUCCUGGACAAGUUUCCUCAGCAGCGACUACGCACCCCACGCGAGCUGAAGGAGAUGAACCGGAGAAGCCGAGUGAUUGCAGUUACUCGGCAGGAACAGGAUCUUUUGGAGGCAAUGCGGCAGCGAAAGGGCAAGGCCACACCGAGUCUGUUUCAGUAUAAUGCCAACGGUGCCUCCACCAACGGUGCCUCCGAGGUCGACCGUAACUCGACGAUCUCGGGUCCAUCGCGCGAUUCUUUCUGCAUGUCGGAUACCUCGUUCCUGCGUCUCAGUGCGGCCUUCCCCCUUUUCCAGCCCGACCCGAACAAGAAAACCGGUAACUCGAUUGUCUCGCCCCGCUUCAGUAUGGCCUAUUCUGAAAGCCUUCCGUCUCCCGCCACCAGCGGUGCUUCCCCUCUGACUCCGACUCUCCCAAUUCACCGCUUCUCGCCCCUUCCGUCUCCCAAGCCACCGCCUCGUGGGCCUCCGCCGGCCAUCCCGGACGAACAAAAGCGGCAUAGCCGUCGUCGCACCGAUAGCAGUGAAGCCAUCAUGCUGAACGACAAUGGCGACCCGCAAAGCAAGCAUGAUCUUCCACUUUGGUCCUUUGACUUUGACUGGAAUAAUGACCGAACCAACGUCGCCGCUGUGCACUAA